AUGGCUAUAGAAGUGCCGGAGGCCGAGCUAGUAAAUGAAUUCGAAUAUCAGUACUAUGGAUUCUCACCAGCUGGAUUUACAGAUUCAAUUUACAACAGUGCUUUGGCAUCAUGGGAGGGAGCUGUGGGAGAGUGGGUCAAAUCUGAAUCUUCUCUUGCAUCGAUUGCAAACAACAAAAAGUUUCGAGAAUACGUUAUUGGUAUGAUUUUCCACCGCCGGGAAGUAAAGGAUGCCUUUCGCGUGUUCACAGAUCGCGUUCUCAAAUAUAUUCUUCGCAUACCUCGCUAUGUUACUCUCCCAGAGCAUGAGCCGAACUUUGAACUGUCACUAUCGAAUGAAGUAACUGUGACAGAAAUGGAACGAAACUGUGAGGUGCUGGCGAAAAUGAUCGUUGAGAAUCGUUUCGUUCUCAAUGACUUGACAAACAACUUGCAAGAAGCUAAUGAUGUUAAUGAAGUUCUUUCGUCUCUCAUCAAGAAGCUGGAAGUAACAAAUGACAAUAUGAUGACAGACUGAUGAUUUUUGUUCUCUAACAGUGUCUGACGAAAUUGCCCUCAUUAUUUUUGUAUCUCAAGAACAUCUUAAUAUCGGAAUCUCUAUGUGCUCACUUAUCCUGUUUUUUUUUUAAUCUGUGUCAUUCGUGUUGUAUAUAAUGCCCUGUUUAUAAACUUUGCAACUGG